AUGGGUGCUGCGUUUCUGGCCAUCACCACAAUCUAUGCUGAGAGUGGCUCAGGUUUUGUCGUGCCAAGUGCUGCUGCUAAAGCUGGAGUGGAGACGCUUUGCACGUCUCUGGCAGCAGAGUGGGGCAGAUAUGGCAUGAGAUUCAAUAUCAUUCAACCAGGACCAAUCAAAACCAAGGGCGCCUUCAGCAGACUGGAUCCCACUGGUGCGUUUGAGAAGUUGAUGCUAGAGAAUAUAGCUGUGGGUCGUCUGGGAACUCCUGCAGAGAUCGCCAAUCUUGCCGCCUACCUCUGCAGCGAUUAUGCCAGCUGGGUGUCAGGCGCGAUCAUUCGGAUGGAUGGCGGUGAAUAUGUCUCCAUUGCUGGCGAGUUUAAUGGCUUGAAAAAGGUCACACAGGAGCAAUGGGCCAUUAUGGAAGCAAUGAUCAGAAACACAAAAGGAUCAUAAACAUCUGAAACAGCAGAAAAACUAAUGACAGUUCUAAUCUCAAUCUCCCAUUGUAGCACAGAGGAUCAUCUAUUUUGAAAUAUGAUUUAUAGAUUGUGACUUAAAUUGUCCUGGCACAUACAAAUAUCCAUCCAGUCACAUGUUUAUCACAUUGAGGGCUAUAAUGAAUUGUUGUGUGGAGUUUUUGAGAUGUGCUGAAAAUAGAUAUUGUGUACCUGUCUGCCAUUUCUGCCUUAACAAUCUAUUGUAACAAUCUCAGUUGCAUAAACUGUAAACAUGUAGGUUCAAUUUUUACCUACACACUUCCCCUGUACUCUGGGAUGGAAUCCAGCAUUCCUGCAAUCCUAAGCAUUUUAGAGAAUAGAUGGGUGGAUAAAUUGUUCCUGUCCGAUUUGAUAAAUCCCACAAAAACAUGUUUCGAGACGUUAUUGUGUUUAAAAGGAUAUAAAAACACUCAGCCUGACCUUUUAUGGCAACAUGUGUUAGAAGUCUUACAGUAUCGUUCAACAGCCUUAUGAUGUAAUGAUGAAGUAGAUAAGAUAUUUUGGUAUACAUUAACUUGUUUCAUGCUUAGAAAUUCAUUUUCAUCUGUUUCUUCCUAGUGGUUUCCAAUUCAGAAUACAUUACUGCUUGUGGUGGGAGCAAAAUAAGUCUUUUUUGUCUUGGGCUCUUGACAGCAUCUGAGAGUAUAUAAGAGAAAUAAAAAACAUGGUACCCUUAGGGAAAA